AUGGCUGCGGCUUUUGUCGAAGCCCUGAACGGCUUGACCGUUGCACCGGAACCGCUCCAGCAGUUCACCUCUCAGAACACGUUUGCCGAAUUUUACUCGUCAUCGUUCCCCGUUUUUGCACUCGGGUCGGAAGUGUCCGAGUCCGAUCUCCAGCAAGCCGCCAAAGUGGUCAAUGAACAGGCUCAGGCGGAGCUCGGCAUCGAAGACUCGGAGUUGGCAGAGAUGGGCUAUGCUGCAGUUGUUCCCAAGUCUUGGCAGCUCCACGAGAGAUAUGCACCAGACGCCGCACGGUGGUACCAUGAGGAGUUCGACAAAGACGGCUCCCGCACCAUCAACGACCCGCAGUGGUACCCACUUGGAUUCCUUGGAAUCGUUUCCAGCGAUUGGAGGAAGACGGGAGCCGUGUUGGUGUUUUACGACGCUCGGCAUCAACACCCCAAGGACGAGCUGGUCGCUGUGAAGGCAUUCGUGGUGGACCCCGAAAAGAUUGGGCCGGCUGUCAUCAGUCUACGUCAAGGCGAUGACGAUUGUGAGAACGUGAAAAGGAAUAGCGCGACAGGAUGGAGUAAACAGAAAUAUAUGUACGCCCGGACUUGA